GUACAACAAACUCCUCCAUAUACAGGUAUGUGUAUGUACCAUCAUACCUCAUCUUACAACAAACUCCUCCAUAUACAGGUAUGUGUAUGUACCAUCAUACCUCACCUUACAACAAACUCCUCCAUAUACAGGUAUGUGUAUGUACCAUCAUACCUCACUGUACAACAAACUCCUCCAUAUACAGGUAUGUGUAUGUACCAUCAUACCUCACCUUACAACAAACUCCUCCAUAUACAGGUAUGUGUAUGUACCAUCAUACCUCACCUUACAACAAACUCCUCCAUAUACAGGUAUGUGUAUGUACCAUCAUACCUCACCUUCCAACAAACUCCUCCAUAUACAGGUAUGUGUAUGUACCAUCAUACCUCACCUUCCAACAAACUCCUCCAUAUACAGGUAUGUGUAUGUACCAUCAUACCUCACUGUACAACAAACUCCUCCAUAUACAGGUAUGUGUAUGUACAAUCAUACCUCACCUUCCAACAAACUCCUCCAUAUACAGGUAUGUGUAUGUACCAUCAUACCUCACCUUACAACAAACUCCUCCAUAUACAGGUAUGUGUAUGUACCAUCAUACCUCACUGUAAAACAAACUCCUCCAUAUACAGGUAUGUGUAUGUACCAUCAUACCUCACCUUCCAACAAACUCCUCCAUAUACAGGGAUGUGUAUGUACCAUCAUACCUCACUGUACAACAAACUCCUCCAUAUACAGGUAUGUGUAUGUACCAUCAUACCUCACUGUACAACAAACUCCUCCAUAUACAGGUAUGUGUAUGUACCAUCAUACCUCACCUUCCAACAAACUCCACCAUAUACAGGUAUGUGUAUUUGCCAUCAUACCUCACCUUCCAACAAACUCCACCAUAUACAGGUAUGUGUAUGUACCAUCAUACCUCACCUUCCAACAAACUCCACCAUAUACAGGUAUGUGUAUGUACCAUCAUACCUCACCUUACAACAAAAUCCACCAUAUACAGGUAUGUGUAUUUGCCAUCAUACCUCACCUUCCAACAAACUCCACCAUAUACAGGUAUGUGUACGUACCAUCAUACCUCACCUUACAACAAACUCCUCCAUAUACAGGUAUGUGUAUGUACCAUCAUACCUCUUUAUACAACAAAGUCCUCCAUAUACAGGUAUGUGUAUGUACCAUCAUACCUCACCUUCCAACAAACUCCACCAUAUACAGGUAUAUGUAUGUACCAUCAUACCUCACCUUACAACAAACACCUCCAUAUACAGGUAUGUGUAUGUACCAUCAUAGCUCACCUUUCAACAAACUCCUCCAUAUACAGGUAUGUGUAUGUACCAACAUACCUCACCAUACAACAAACUCCACCAUAUACAGGUAUGUGUAUGUACCAUCAUACCUCACCUUCCAACAAACACCUCCAUAUACAGGUAAGUGUAUGUACCAUCAUACCUCACCUUACAACAAACUCCUCCAUAUACAGGUAUGUGUAUGUACCAUCAUACCUCUUUAUACAACAAAGUCCUCCAUAUACAGGUAUGUGUAUGUACCAUCAUACCUCACCUUCCAACAAACUCCACCAUAUACAGGUAUAUGUAUGUACCAUCAUACCUCACCUGACAACAAACACCUCCAUAUACAGGUAUGUGUAUGUACCAUCAUAGCUCACCUUUCAACAAACUCCUCCAUAUACAGGUAUGUGUAUGUACCAUCAUACCUCACCAUACAACAAACUCCACCAUAUACAGGUAUGUGUAUGUACCAUCAUACCUCACCUUCCAACAAACACCUCCAUAUACAGGUAAGUGUAUAUACCAUCAUACCUCACCUUCCAACAAACUCCACCAUAUACAGGUAUGUGUAUGUACCAUCAUACCUCACCUUCCAACAAACCCCUCCAUAUACAGGUAUGUGUAUGUACCAUCAUACCUCACCUUCCAACAAACACCUCCAUAUACAGGUAUGUGUAUGUACCAUCAUACCUCACCUUACAACAAACUCCUCCAUAUACAGGUAUGUGUAUGUACCGUCAUACGUCACCUUCCAACAAACUCCUCCAUAUACAGGUAUGUGUAUGUACCAUCAUACCUCACCUUACAACAAACUCCACUAUAUACAGGUAUGUGUAUGUACCAUCAUACCUCACCUUCCAACAAACUCCACCAUAUACAGGGUCGGAAGCACCUAAGGAACAUUCAGUCUCACAGCACUCCAGAGACAGCACCAGUAAAAAAUGCCACAUGUUUUCGCUGUAUGUUUUGCAAUAUCAGUGUCAACUCCCUGGACCAGCUGGAGAUCCAUAGACAAGGUAGCAAACAUAGAGCAAUUCUGCAGAAAAUGAAGGAGCAACAGCAAGGCGGUGUUGUGGACGAUCGAUCUGUAGUCGUGGCAACCCAGAAGAUCACUAAUUAAGACACUCAUCAUUACUAGGUAAACCACUGUAUUCUGGCUUACACACAGAGAUAAGUUUAGUAUAGACCAGUCAAGCUGCAUAUCCCACCGCAGGCACCAAUUUCGCAUCCAAAUGGUCUGUACAUGCGAACAGAAGGGAAGUGUAUCUUCAUUAAAAGCCAUUUGUGUACUGGAGGCAGAUGUAUUACUGAGAGCUGUAGAUACUUGGUAACGUGUCUUUCUGCUGUAAGUCUUUCUAUUAAUGAUUUUGUUUUAAAGAAUUUGUUGAGAAUAUUGUUUAUGAUUUUAGCUAUACACCAUGAUUUAAUGUCAUCACCUGUCCAAAACCAUAUUGGUCUUUUGUGUUGAAAUUCUUAAAAUAAAUUGAGAGACCUACAGAAACUGUUUUUUUCUGUAGUUGUUGCUUGAGAAUAAAGCACUUGCAUAUAAGUAAUAUUCUGUUUUUACUAUAACACAUCCUCAAAUUUCCAGAGAUUGCAUUCAUGUACGUUAAAGAGGAAAUCAUUCAUGUAUGUUAAAGAGGAAAUCAUUCAUGUACGUUAAAGAGGAAAUCAUUCAUGUACAAUGUACGUUAAAGAAGAAAUCAUUCAUGUACGUUAAUGAGGAAAUCAUUCAAGUAAGUUGAAGAGAAUAAUUCAUGUACGUUAAAGAGGUAAUCAUUCAUGUACGUUAAAGAGAAUAAUUCAUGUACGUUAAAGAGGUAAUCAUUCAUGUACGUUAAAAAGAUAAUAAUUCAUGUACGUUAAAGAGGUAAUCAUUCAUGUACGUAAAAGAGGAAAUCACCAUGUACGUUAAAGAGGAAAUCACCAUAUACGUUAAAGAGGUAAUCAUUCAUGUACGUUAAAGAGGAAAUCAUUCAUCAUACAAUCAAUAGCUCCAAUCAUUUUCAAAGUUGUACAAGGCACAGAGAUGCAUUAAACAAAAUAAUUGAAAUCUAUGUAUAAAUGUAUAAUUCAGACUCCAUACGUCAAAUCUGUCUCUCUUACUGGGAGAGAGACUCAUGAAUUGAGGGAUUAUUUGGAAAAAAACUUGUUUUUUUUUGUUCAUCUUUUUCCAGCAGAAAACUAAAAUAUCAUGUAGUUUUAAUGAUUCAUUGUUUCAGGAGGAAGUCUAUACCUGUUCUUUACUGAUGUUUGGAAUAUUGAUCAUGUACAAUGUUGACUUUGAAAAUUUGAGUUGAUAUGUAGCUGAACACACAUCUACCCAGAUCUAGAGUUAUCUUUCUUUACGCACUGAGCGAGUGUAAGGAAGACACCUAGCUAGGUAGAGACUACGAAAUAGUAUUAUGAUACAACUGAUGAAACAAUAUGAAUAAAAGCCUAAAUUCCUUAACAGUGAAAAACGUCAUAUUAUUUGAAUGAACAUUGCUUAAGCAUAGGCAUGGAAUGAAAGUUUUGGAGGGGAAAUCUCCGAUUUUCAUGAAUUAAUAAACUUGACAUGAAUUUUGGUUUUGUGGGUAUCAUUAUCUACGAAAUCAUUUGUCAAUAAUUUUUUAAACCACACAUUUUAACAACAAAAAUGGAUAAUUUUAUUAUAUAAUGUAAAUGUACCGUUCAUUUUCUGUUUUACUUAAUGAGUGCCAGUCACUUUCAUAAGCUAUUACCUGUGACUAACAUUAUAAUAGGGAAAUGAAUGGUAACUUUUAUUUCAUCAUUUCUUUUUUACUUCUCUCAUGGCCAUUGUAUUUACCUUUACUUUAUUAAAUAAUUUACACUGUU